UCCCCCAUUGGCUGUUGCCUGGAUACAGUGCUUACAUUGGCAAACGGCAAGGAGGAAGGAGCACGAGCUACUCGUAGAAGUUUUGUUCACAAAAAUGCCGAAACUUUCCGAGGAGCCGAGUAACGUGAGUGUACAGCCUCCAGGCCGCUGGGUGUGGAGGGAUGACACUCUAACAUUGGAGUAUGUCAGUUCAACAGAGGAGGGUGUUUUGAGGAAAAGGAGGCAAACUAAUGUCAAUUUCAAGGAUCUUCAACAGCGAUCAGAGUGGUUGGCUGAUAUCUGCACGUUGAACCACAGAGGGCGCCAAAGCAUUAGAAAGAGCCUGAGCCCUGCUCAUCUGCAUGCUUACAGGUUCUCAGUGAUGAAGAGGCGAGGGGACCGCAUCACCACGGAUGAUGUUAAACAGGUGGCUGUCAGUUUACUACAGGAGAAUUACUCGCUUCCCAUUCCGUUCUGCUUCUUGGCUAUACUGAAGAGUAAAGAGCUUGAUGAAGUCCUGACUGCCCUUCUCCUUUACCUGUCUUGUUUCUUUGAAUACAAGUCUCUGGAGAAUACACCAAAGUCUUUAAUGGCCGUAGACAUCACCCCAGAGCACAAGAUGAUGGCAGAGGCGUUGGCCAAAAAAGAGAUAACACAAAAGAAGCUGGCUGUCUGCUACUUUAGCCUAAUGAUGGACCUUGAGAUAGAACAGCAUCGACACACACCAUAUCACAAGGGCCGGAUGUCUUCAAACAGCACAGAAUGGCUGCUGCAUGCGUGCUUGUACAGCUUUUUCUGUUACGUGGCCUGGGUGACGUUUGACAGGAAGGACCUGAGGGACAUUCAAGAGGAGGUGGGGCGUCUUUUGUACUCGGACACCUUCGACACGGCAGUAAGUAAAAGGACUGAUGGGGACUCAGGAACGACCUUCACUACUGUUAAUGCUUCAGUGAAGACCGAAGAAGAUGACCCCGAGGAGACAGGAUGUAAUGGCACAUUUAAGCACAGAAGGUCCCAGAGGCGGCCGUCCCUCAGCAGUAUAGUUAAUCAGCGAUCCCCACUGAUGGUGUCUCUGCUGCCCUCGCCCAAAGAACGCUCACCCCAUCUGUUUCCCAGCGGCCGGGCCAGGAGGCAGAGCCCGCUGCAGGCCGAGCACUGUGACACCAAGGCCCUAACGGAGGAGCUCAACCAGCAGCUGGCCACUCUCAGCUUUGGGAUUCUUGGCAAGCCAUUGAGAGAGUUCAGCCACAGCACCCUGAUGGCCCACGGAGAAGAGAAAAACAACAGGGAUGAGGAUGACGACCAUGAAUCAGAAAGCGAUGUUAAUAACAACAGUAAGGAUCAUCCUGGCAUCAAAGUUCGAGGUAGCAGGUCGACCUUCAUGUGACCCAAGUUGACAGGCAUUGCCAGAUCCGGCAGCACCACCCAUGUAAACACAAGACUCUCUGCAGCUGCUGCCGUUGAGUCAGUGACCUCCGAUACAAAAUGAUGCAUAUGUGUGAAAGUGGCAGAAUGUUUUGAGUGUGACUGUGCAUUUUCAUUGGUAUAAUACAGAUGUUGUAUGUGUGUGUAUAGUCUUCCGAAUGCAUUCCUCAGCACAGCCCACAGGGUCGCAAACUGAGAGAAAGACAGUUUUCUUUCUGCUUUGCUCAUAUAUGGCUCAUUUUCAAAAGAACCUCCCUGGACUGUCAUCACACACACACACCUACCUGAAUUCAAAUCAGUUUCUUAUUUGCCAGCUGCAGGUGCUGUUGAAUAAAAUAUUAUGGAAUCCAUAACAACUGUGAA